UAAACUCUUUCUUCCCGGCGAUUUCCAAAACAGACCACAAACAUAAAAACGUAAAAUACAAACCCAAAAAACCUCUCCUAAAUAAAAGUCGCGAGAAACAAACAGAAAAUAGAGAGAUAAAGAUUCGUGAGAAACAGAAUAGAGGGAGCUUGUGAUCUGAGCUCUAAUUAGAGAGUACGUGUUGUGUUUUGUAUUUCAAUGGUGUGUUCUGGAGAGACAGAAGGGAGAGUAAGAGAGUUGGUUAUGGCGAUGGGAACAGAGAGAUCGAAGCCACCGCUUCAUAAUUUCAAUCUUCCUUGUUUGAAGUGGGGUAGUCAGAAAUAUCUCCGGUGCAUGAAAGACUCUGAUUCUUCUAACGGUAAGAAUAAGAACAUUAAUAAUGGAGUCUCUGGCGAUCGCCUCCGUAGUAACCGAUCUCCGCCGUCUAAGUUUGUUGCUAGUCCGGAUUACGAAAUCCGCCGCUUCAAGAGACCAAAAUCGAGACACGAUAGCGGCGACGGCGUUGAGGAAGGGAUUGCGGCAGUGAGGGAGAAGCUGAUGUUCGAUUUCAAAGCGGAGGCAGAUAAGAUGAAAGAUGCAAUUUUGAGAAAAGGAGUGUCGGAAGAAGGCGAUGAGGAGGCUGCUCAGCAGCAUGAGGAAGGAGAGGAAGAACAUGAGAAAGUUCAAUCUCCUCCUCUGGUCCCACCGGCGGCGCAGACAGAGAGACCGUGGAACCUGCGAACAAGAAGAGCAGCCUGUAAAGCUCCAAUUGCUGGAAAUUCAGUCACAGGGAAAGGCUUGAAAAUCGAGGAGAGAAAAGUGAGUAACUAUUCGCCGUUGCGGAAUGAGAGCUCGAAAUCUCCUAGGCUGAGAGGAGAUAAAAAGGAAAAAGAGGAGGAUACGGAGCAGGUGAGGCCGAAGUUUUCCGUGGCUCUCUCGAGGAAGGAGAUCGAAGAGGAUUUUAUGGAAAUGGUAGGCCACAGACCAGCUCGGAGGCCCAAGAAGCGGUCCAGGAAUGUUCAGAAGCAGUUGGAUUGUCUGUUUCCAGGGUUGUGGUUGACAGAGGUUACCGUUGAUACAUACAAGGUGCCGGAGUUACCUGAUAAUGGGAAGAGGUAGUAAUUUGAGCGAUGGAUUUUACAAGUUGAUCAAAAUUUCAAGGCUUCUGUUUGCUGACUACGGUUGUAACUGGGGACUCAAAUGAGUGGAUACCAAAGCAACACACCAUUUCUGAAAUUAGGGCGUUGAUGAAGUGUUGAUUUCCUGGUGAACCAUUGAGGUGUAAGUUCAGUUGCUUUGUAAUGCUAAUUUUGUUCUCUUAAUUAUAAUUCUUUCUUUCUUUUUUCUGUAUCAGAAAUCAAAAUAAAGCUAAUGUAAAGAAAGGAUGGCCUAAUGUUUUUAGGUGAAAGGGAAUGCCUUGUUCUAUGACCUUGUUUUUGUAGAGUAUGCUUGCCAAUUUGUCUUUAUGAUAAUGAAUCCAAUCUCCACCUAUCUCUUAAA